ACUCAGCAACUUCUAAUACCAAGAAAUCCAUUGACAAAACAGCUCUACCAUCAUAGAAGUUCAACUACGUCUGUAUUAUGACCCAGCUUUCUCAGAUAUCUUGUAACUUUUCGAAGAGGAUUUUUGUCAUUCCUGAAAAUGUCAUUCCUGGAAACGUCAUACCCAUCAGGAACGGGAUUAAGCUCACCAUUGGAUAAGGGCACCACGAAUCAAGGUUGUGCACAGGAUAAUUCGGACGAUAGUGAGUCGACCAGUGACGAGGAGGAAGAUGUCGAGGAGGAAGAUGUCGAGGAAAAUGUCGCGCAAUUCAAGGCUGCUAUAGAUUAUUUAAACGCAAAUUUUGCAGCAUUGAAACAGAGCAAGGAUCGACAGCAGAAAUUUUUCAAGCAAUUUGGACAGCAUCUCAGUGCCCACUCGGAGUAUGAGCCGAGAAAUGUUCUGUUUUGGCUAUUGCAACAAUCUUCACCGUAUCCAUGCCUAUUGGAACAAUCUUCACCGUAUUCAUGGCUCAUCGAGCACGUGGUGAAAAAUAGCCUUUCCCUUUUUCAUGAGUCCAGUUCGGUGAACUAUGCGAACAAACCUCUUCAAACGGCGAUUAGUGGACGCCGUUCGUCAUUUGUUAUAGCUACAUUGGAUAGUGACAUCAAGGAUGGAGACUUGGAAGAAAUUCUCGGACUCAAGGACUCGAAUUCGGAAAACUGUAUUCAUGUGGCUGUUAGCAGUAAGCUUGAAUUGGAUCUAAUCCUAAAGUUGAUUGGCAAGGCAUCCGAAGAUUGUUUGUCUGCCCAGAACAAAGAUGGUUUAACGCCACUACAUUUCGCUGUAGACUUCUCAAAGUCGAUAUCAAGCCGUCGAGACAUUAUAAAAGCGCUUAUCAAAAAUGGCGAUAAAGCAUUUGAUGUAGGGAUCAACUCAGGAAUGGCCGCAAGAAAUGAAGAUUCCAAAAAAUGUUCAGUUUAUGAGAAUCUCGUCCAAAAAUACAAAGAAAAGACCACUAAAAAACCCAAAAUUGCACCCGCAAAGCCGGGUAAUGCGAGCAAGGAAAAGAAAAGACUGGAAAUUUCUUCCCAACCUGAAGAAAACCUGAACCAUAAUAUAGACAGAAAUCUGCCUGAGGAAAACAAGAGACAGGAGAAGAAGACCGAGGAUGAUCGAGCUUAUGUGAUGGAAGUCGACCGGAAGACGCGGGCAAAAAUGCAGAAGGAUAACUCACAAGUCAAUACCUCUAAGCCCAGAGAUCCCCUGGUCCCCUUGGAAUCACACGGAUUACGCCACACACUAACCACCACUACGAGACUAUCGUCGACAGACAAGAAUAAAAUCCCAUUCUCCCCUGUAUUGGCUCAAUCACCGCCUAACAGCAUAAAGGUAAAGAUCUCAUCCUCGCGGAUAGUCUCUUUUUGAAAUUCUUGUGCUCAACAACAACUGACGUGAACCAUAGCUCCCGGUAUCAAAAACGUUACAAUCAGCCAAUCAGGAGUCGAACCCGCCUCUGGAUCAAAGCAAGGAAAAGGCGAGAUUGAAAAAGUAUAAAUUAAUUGCCCAUGAUCUGAAACUACAUUACCUCCGCUCCAUUUUCCAGAAGAAUAGUAAUAGAUCACAUGAUUCUGCUAUUAAAUUUCUUUACGGAGAUAAUCCUAAUGGUAUGUGAUACAAAUCACCAAUCUAGAAGGGAAUUCUAAUCUUUCAUCAUUCCUCAGACAUGAACAUUUGUUUCCAAUUUCCGCCAACUGGCCAGGUCACUAAGAACAUUAUAUUUAAUGAUUUCAAGAGAAGCUACAGGAAAUUCGCUUUCGACAAAGUUCUACAAUCAGUGCAUUUUGGGGAGAUUCAACUCGAUGUCCCCAACGGUUCGCGUCGCCGACCAGAAGGGAUGGCCAAACCUGGAAAUGGACGAAAAGAUAUAAUCGAGUUCUUUAAUUGGCUGAAAAACGAGAAGGAAAUUACUCAUAUAGUCAUGGUAACAGUUGACGAUUUGAAGGAUCCGCCACACAGUGAUGAGGCACUCGAAAAAUCGCUAGAAGGUUUGGAUAUUGAAAUAUUAGAUUGGCGGAAGUGGGAUCUAGAUCCGAAAACCAUUCAAGACGCCUGUAAAAAAUCUAAUCUACGUGAAGUUCAUCUCUACUGGAAGGGAAAUAAUGCUAUUCUUCGAGCUUGGAGUGAACCUGAUGGACUUGUCAAGAUGGAGCACUUGGAAACAAUCUAUGUUUAUGCAUCAAAGGUUUGAAGAUACCACAUAUUCACAGCAGGAUUUUGACUAAUUUUUGGUUAGGGAUUGCUUGAAUCCCAGGAAAAGGUAGAGAGAGAUUACAACGAAUUCCGAAGACGAAUGCAUGUUAUACAAGGCUCGCGAACAAUAAAAGUCAAGGAUCUAAUUUACAAUGCCACCAAUAGCAACGCGACAUCUGAAGGGCACGGAAUGCAUCUGAUAUAUUCGAAAGAUGCUGGCCAGACGCAGAUUGACCCUCACCAAUGGUUGACGGUCAUGGACUCUUUUGUUAAAGCUAUUUGCAAACUGAAACCCCCACAAGAAGAAAAGCUGGAUCAAGGUCAGAAUUAUUUAAAAGACAGUAAACUACCUCAGGCUUUGCGUAAAGAUGUUCAGGUGGCACUAAUAGACGAUGGUGCUGAUUUCAUGCAUAAAGCCAUCGGGGAUAAGCUGAACGGGGGUAGGAGCUUCGGCACUGGUAAAGGUGUGGCAGCGUUUCAUGGCUCGACGACAGGACACGGCACCUACAGUAUGAUGCUCUUUGAUCCCACUGUCAUCGCUCUUAUGGUUUUAACACCACACAAUAGACUUGCUAACAUCUUAUGUUUAGUGGCCUACAUGAUAGGACGCAUCUGCCCACGCGUGGAGAUAUACGUUUGCAAAUUGAAUGUCAUACGAGGAGGAGAUGGAUCAGCUAGCUUCACGGCUGAAAGCGCCGCCGAUGUGAGUAGAUCACUAUAAAGUUGGUAUGCAUCAUCUGAUUAUCUCGUCCAAGGCCGUCGAAUUUGCUGUGACGCGUGGUUUCGAUAUUAUUUCAAUUUCAUGGACGGUGCAGAAAGGGGAUAACGAGAAACAUAUCAACCGUCUUUCGUCAGCAAUUAAAAAGGCCACGCAAAAGAAUAUUCUCGUAUUUUGCUCUGCCCCUGAUAUUGGCCGUGCUACCCCAGAUAAACUCAGCACAUACUAUCCAUUCGGGGAUUCCGAUAACGAAAAUCGAAUAUUUAGAAUUGGCGCCGCUAAAGCCGAUGGGUCCGCCUAUUCGUGGUUGGGCAAUGUCGAAUUGGUGGAUUGUAUCCUUCCUGGUGAUAAUGUCAAGCUUUUGAGCGACGACUCCAUCAAAGAAGAAGACGACAUUCCCAAGACCGGAUCGUCCGUUGCUACCGCAUUAGCGGCCGGACUCGCUGGACUCAUUAUACACUGUGUUCGGUUGGCGGCGAUACGUCACUGGCAUCAGAACAAGAGCCAUGACGCUGAUGGUAUUGACGAGGAAUCACUAAAGGAUAUCAAAAAUAUCAACGCGAUGAAAAGGGCUUUCAAAAAAAUUGGAACCGGCAACGCAGGCGACAAGCGACUUGAGGUUGAAACAUUCUUUAAGCAUAGAGCUGAAGCGCUACAAAAAGAUAGUAAUGACUGGGAUCAGAUUAUUGAGGUGGCAAGGAAUUUGCUGCCGGAGGGUCCGAGAAAGGCAAAGAAUUCUCAGCCACGAAAUGUGAUAUCUUCUUGACUUCUCUGAAGUUGUGAUGAAAAAGAAAGAUGGCGAAGACUUUGAGUGUAUUGUUUGACGGGGAAGAUGAAACUUGAAAUGUUAUUUUACUUAUUGGAACCACGCUCUAUAUCACGAAUACUUUUCAUUCAUAUGAGAGAUUUGAUAUGUAAUGAAGAAGAGAAAAGAAUACGGGGGGACUAGCCGUAUUCAUUAUACCACCCCCUUCUGAUGUCUCAUCCAGACUCCCUAACUUCCCCCCUAACUCAUCCUCAACUUGAGCGAUUAUAUGUGAUCAAAUGCAAUGUCACGCAUGCAGAGAGGGGCGCGGGCGCGAACACAGCAGAGAGCUGCUUCAGAGGGUGAUGAAUUAAGGACUUAGAGGAGCAGAAUUACUAGGAAAGUGCGUGAGGAGAUAUCUUUGCAAGUCUUGUUAUGCUGCGACUGAUUUUGGGGCAAAUGUAAAUUGUGUGAAGAAAGGGAGCGACAGAGAAACUUAUCUUCUGUAUACUGUAUUGGGAAAUGUAAAGUGGGCGUUUGGGAGAUC